CCUGGCCCAGUCCCGGCCCCGGCCAGCCCAACCCGGCGGUCCGACCCCGCUCCGCAGCCUCCCUCCCGCUCCGGCUUCCACCCUCCCCGCCGGCGCGGAGCGCAGUCGGUCCGCAGCGCGCGCAGCGCCACUCUAGGGAGGGGGCUGGAAAGCGCGAGACAGGCCCACCCCCAGCCAGCUGGGGCGGGACCCCGAGGCCCCGGAGGGACCCCGACUCCAGCCACGUCUCUCUCGGCUCCCGCCCGGCGCGUCCCCUGCGAGGACGCCCCCCGCCAGCCCGUGCGGUGGGGACGCGGGGUCACACCUGGGCGCCGCCGCCCGGUGCCCGGCGCGCCCGCAUGGGCCUGCGCUGAGGCUCCGACCGAGAGUCCCGCGCGGGGAGUCGGCGUCUACCCGCUCAGAGGGGGGUCAGAACUGGGGGGGCUAGCGCCCCCCAAACUCAGAUCGGAUCCGACCGGAGUGAGGCGGCGCCAUGGAGCUCCGGGCUUUGCUCUGCUGGGCUUCACUCGCAGCUGCUUUGGAAGAGACUCUACUGAACACAAAAUUGGAAACUGCCGAUCUGAAGUGGGUGACGUUUCCUCAGGUGGAGGGGCAGUGGGAGGAGCUGAGCGGCCUGGAUGAGGAGCAACACAGCGUUAGGACCUAUGAGGUGUGUCAUGUGCAGCGAGCCCCAGGCCUGGCCUACUGGCUGCGCACAGGCUGGGUCCCCCGGCGAGGUGCUGUCCACGUGUACGCCACACUGCGCUUCACCAUGCUCGAGUGCCUGUCCCUGCCCCGAGCGGGGCGCUCCUGCAAGGAGACCUUUACAGUCUUCUACUUCGAGAGCGACGCCAACACGGCCACAGCCCUCACGCCAGCCUGGAUGGAGAACCCUUACAUCAAGGUGGACACAGUGGCUGCUGAGCAUCUGACCCGGAAGCGUCCUGGGGCUGAGGCAACUGGUAAAGUGAACGUCAAGACGCUGCGUCUGGGCCCACUCACCAAAGCUGGCUUCUACCUGGCUUUCCAGGACCAGGGCGCCUGCAUGGCCCUGCUGUCCCUGCACCUCUUCUACAAGAAGUGUGCCCAGCUGACCGUCAACCUCACCCGCUUCCCGGAGACAGUGCCCCGUGAGCUCGUGGUGCCCGUGGCAGGGAGCUGUGUGGCUGACGCUGUCCCUGCCUCCGGCCCCAGUCCCAGCCUCUACUGCCGGGAGGAUGGCCAGUGGGCUGAGCAGCCGGUCACGGGCUGCAGCUGUGCUCCGGGGUUCGAGGCCGCCGAGGGGAAUACCAGGUGCCGAGCCUGUGCUCAGGGCACCUUCAAGUCUCUGUCUGGGGAGGGGUCCUGCCAGCCAUGCCCAGCCAACAGCCAUUCCAACACCAUCGGCUCACCCAUCUGCCAGUGCCGCAUAGGGUACUUUCGGGCCCGCACAGACCCCCGGAGUGCACCCUGUACCACCUCUCCCUCGGCUCCAAGAAGUGUGGUUUCCCGCUUAAAUGGCUCCUCCCUGCGCCUGGAGUGGAGUGCCCCCCUCGAGUCAGGUGGCCGGGAGGACCUCACCUAUGCACUCCGCUGCCGGGAGUGCCGCCCUGGGGGGGCCUGCACACCCUGUGGAGGAGACCUGACCUUCGACCCUGGCCCCCGGGACUUGGUGGAGCCCUGGGUCACAAUUCGAGGGCUGCGUCCUGACUUCACCUACACCUUUGAGGUCGCUGCCUUGAAUGGGGUAUCUUCCUUAGCCGCCAUGCCCGCCCCAUUUGAGGCUGUGAAUGUCACCACUGACCGUGAAGUGCCACCCCCAGUAUCUGACAUCCGGGUGACUCGGUCCUCACCUAGCAGCUUGAGCCUGGCCUGGGCUGUUCCCCGGGCACCCAGUGGAGCAGUGCUGGACUAUGAGGUCAAGUACCAUGAGAAGGGUGCAGAGGGCCCCAGCAGCGUUCGGUUCCUGAAGACAUCGGAAAACAGGGCAGAGCUGCAGGGGCUGAAGCGGGGAGCCAGCUACCUGAUCCAGGUGCGGGCACGCUCUGAGGCUGGCUAUGGACCCUUCGGCCAAGAGCACCAUAGCCAGACCCAGCUGGAUGAAAAGGAGAGCUGGCGGGAGCAGCUGGCCCUGAUUGCAGGCACUGCGGUCGUGGGUGUGGUGCUGGUCCUGGUGGUUAUUGUCAUCGCAGUUCUUUGCCUCAGGAAGCAGAGCAGUGGGAGAGAAGCUGAAUACUCAGAUAAACACGGACAGUAUCUCAUUGGCCACGGUACGAAGGUCUACAUUGAUCCCUUCACUUACGAAGACCCUAAUGAAGCUGUGAGGGAAUUCGCAAAAGAGAUCGAUGUCUCCUAUGUCAAGAUUGAGGAGGUGAUUGGUGCAGGUGAGUUUGGGGAGGUGUGCCGGGGGCGACUUAAGGCCCCGGGGAAGAAGGAGAGCUGCGUGGCCAUCAAGACCCUGAAGGGUGGUUACACCGAGCGGCAGCGGCGGGAGUUCCUGAGCGAGGCCUCCAUCAUGGGCCAGUUCGAGCACCCCAACAUCAUCCGCCUGGAGGGCGUGGUUACCAACAGCAUGCCAGUCAUGAUUCUUACUGAGUUUAUGGAGAACGGUGCCCUGGACUCCUUCCUGCGGUUGAACGAUGGACAAUUCACUGUCAUCCAACUGGUGGGCAUGUUACGGGGCAUUGCCUCAGGCAUGCGGUACCUUGCUGAGAUGAGCUACGUUCACCGUGACCUGGCUGCCCGGAACAUCCUGGUCAACAGCAACCUUGUCUGCAAGGUUUCAGACUUUGGCCUUUCCCGAUUCCUGGAGGAGAACUCUUCUGACCCCACCUACACGAGCUCUCUGGGAGGAAAGAUUCCCAUCCGAUGGACAGCCCCUGAGGCCAUUGCCUUCCGGAAGUUCACAUCUGCCAGUGAUGCCUGGAGUUACGGGAUUGUGAUGUGGGAGGUCAUGUCUUUUGGGGAGCGGCCAUACUGGGAUAUGAGCAAUCAGGACGUGAUCAAUGCCAUUGAACAGGACUACCGGCUACCCCCUCCUCCAGACUGCCCCACCUCCCUGCACCAGCUCAUGCUGGACUGUUGGCAGAAGGACCGGAAUGCACGGCCCCGCUUCCCCCAGGUGGUCAGUGCCCUGGACAAGAUGAUUCGGAACCCUGCCAGCCUCAAAAUCGUGGCCAGGGAGAAUGGCGGGGCCUCACACCCACUGCUGGAUCAGCGGCAGCCGCACUACUCAGCUUUUGGCUCUGUGGGUGAGUGGCUUCGAGCCAUCAAAAUGGGAAGAUACGAAGAAAGUUUUGCAGCCGCUGGGUUUGGCUCCUUCGAGCUGGUCAGCCAGAUUUCCGCUGAGGACCUGCUCCGAAUAGGAGUCACCCUGGCGGGACACCAGAAGAAAAUCCUGGCCAGUGUCCAGCACAUGAAGUCCCAGGCCAAACCUGGAGCCCCAGGGGGGCCGUGCGCACCAGCCCCCCAGUACUGACCUGCACCUCUUCACCUGGCCCCACAGCUCUGGAGCAGCAGGAAUUCCCAUGCUGGGGACACCGCUCCCCUUCUUUGGGGGGCAGAGUCAGGUGGGGACCCAAGAGGCCCCCAUCCCUGCGCCCCAUUGGAUUGCACUUUGAACCUAUGGGGGUGGGGAGCUGGCAAUUUGGAGAGACAGGAUUCGGGGAUUCCGCCAUACGGAAGGGUAGAAAUAACGGAAGGGUAGAAAUAACGUUCCCUGCGGGUGGGUGUGCCCCCAGGUGGGUGUGCCCAGAGGGAAAGGAAGUGCCCAUAAUCUGCCAACUCCCAGGGGUGGCUGUGUGCAAUCCCUGCAGCUUCCCUCUGAUCCCCAGUUAGGGCCCCGGUGCCCCUCCUCACCUUGAAGGGCCGCAGACCCUGUAGACCAAAGAGAAGAGGGUGACAAGCCUUUAAGCUCGGGAGUGGAGCACCAUAGUGGGAGGCGGGGAGGGUGUCAUGGCCCAGUGACAAAAUCAUUGGACUUGGAUGUCCCAACCUUGCUGCUGUCUCCACCGAACUCAGUUUGCCCUUGUAAAUGCCCCUCCCCCAUCUGCUGCCUUCAUAUUGAAGGUUUUUGAGUUUUAAUUUUUGUUUUUGGUCUUAUUUUUUUCUUCUCUCUUUUUCUGGUUUUUUUUUUUUUUUUUUUACUGUCCUUGUCAUAACUUUUUGUGUCGGAAGGGACCUGUUUCGUUAUCACCUCCUUUGCCCAAGUUGAAACAGGAACCCAUCAUUGUGUCUAUUUUCAGAACAGUGCCUUGGUCAUGCCACAACCCCUAGACAGUCCCUGCCCCGCCAAGUAUCCCCAAAUUGUGUCCAUGAGGGGGCGUGGGGGGCAAGGUGGAAGUAGAAACCAGAGACAGACACUGGUGCUUGGAGGGGUUCUUAAAUUAUAUUUAAAACAGUUUUUUUUUUUGUAUAAAUAAAAGAAAAUGGGAAGUUCCCAG